CAGCCGCGGAUUCGGGCCCCGCCCCUCCUCCUGGCUGCAGCGGCGGCGUUGUUGUGGCGGUGGGGGAGGCGGGCUGCUGUGGAGCCCGCCGAGUCCUAGUUCCUGACCCUGUGCGUCACAGCGGCGGGCCAGACGGACAGCCUCGCCGCAGGAUUAAUUUAUUUUUGGAAAUCAAGUGCAAUAUUAAAGGGAAAACAAACCACACUACAUUAUUGGAAGCCAUUUCUGCUAAUUUUAUUACAUUUUAAAAUUUAUGAUUUGAUUUGAAUACUAUCAUGGGAGGAGCAGUGAGUGCUGGGGAAGAUAAUGAUGACUUAAUUGAUAACUUAAAAGAAGCUCAGUAUAUCCGCACUGAAAGAGUGGAGCAAGCCUUCAGAGCGAUUGACCGCGGAGAUUACUAUUUGGAAGGCUACCGAGACAACGCUUACAAAGACUUAGCCUGGAAGCAUGGGAACAUACACUUGUCGGCUCCUUGCAUUUAUUCUGAAGUUAUGGAAGCAUUGAAACUUCAACCAGGAUUGUCUUUUCUUAACCUGGGAAGUGGAACCGGAUAUUUAAGUACAAUGGUGGGCUUAAUUUUAGGUCCUUUUGGAAUAAAUCAUGGGAUUGAGCUUCAUUCAGAUGUGGUGGAAUAUGCCAAGGAAAAACUGGAGAGCUUCAUCAAAAAUAGUGAUAGCUUUGAUAAAUUUGAGUUCUGUGAACCUGCAUUUGUGGUUGGUAAUUGCCUCCAGAUAGCAUCUGACAGUCAUCAGUAUGAUCGAAUUUACUGUGGAGCUGGUGUCCAGAAAGACCAUGAAAACUACAUGAAAAUAUUACUGAAAGUUGGAGGCAUUUUAGUCAUGCCUAUAGAAGAUCAGUUAACACAAAUUAUGCGAACUGGACAGAAUACUUGGGAAAGUAAAAAUAUCCUUGCUGUUUCAUUUGCUCCACUUGUGCAACCAAGUAAGAAUGAUAAUGGCAAACCAGAUUCUGUAGGACUCCCCCCCUGUGCUGUCAGGAAUCUCCAGGACUUGGCUCGUAUUUAUAUUCGACGUACACUUAGAAAUUUCAUAAAUGAUGAGAUGCAGGCCAAGGGGAUUCCUCAGAGGGCUCCACCAAAAAGGAAAAGAAAGAGGGUUAAACAGAGAAUUAAUACCUACGUAUUUGUGGGUAAUCAGCUUAUUCCUCAGCCUCUAGACAGUGAAGAGGAUGAAAAAAUGGAAGAAGAUAACAAAGAAGAGGAAGAGAAAGAUCAUGGUGAAGCCCUGAAGCCCGAGGAGCCACCUCAGAAUUUACUGAGAGAAAAAAUCAUGAAACUACCCCUACCUGAAUCUUUAAAGGCUUACUUGACAUAUUUUAGAGAAAAAUAACUUAGAUCAAGAAGAAAGAAUACCUACUGAUUAUUCCUUUAGUCUUGAAAAUGUAGCAUUUGUUAGGAGUUAAAAUUCUUUCAUCAGAGCAAAUUAUAGUGGAAAAAGUAUAACUUGUUUCUGUCUUAGUAAUAAAAAAUGAUGUAUUCAGUAAUUAAAAAGAAUCCCUUUUAUAAAAUAUAUUUUUCUUUAAAUCUUGGAAAAAUGCUGUUUUAACUCAGAGUGACUUUAAGAAUGGAAUGCAACAAUACUCAAGAUUUGUGUACUGUAAAUCCUUUUCUGAUUCCUUGCAGAUUUGUAGUGGUUAGGCUUACAUUUAAUUUUGUAUAAGGUUAAAUAAUUGUUAAGCACAUACUGAUUUUUGAAUUGUAGUUGUUUGCAUUUCCUGUAUGAAAACUUUCUUACCUAAUUAGAAAAUCAAAUGCUGUGUAGAACCACUUACCUUACUUUGUUGCAGUCACUAUUGCUGAGUUGCUAUAGUAUUCCGGGCAAUAUAUGAGUGCAAUAACAAUACAAAUACUGAAUAAUUUAGCUUUAAGAAAAAAGUUUCACGGAAUUCAACAGCACUGCUACUUUUGCUUUUGAAUCUAUUGCCAAAAGACACGGGAAAUGAUCUGCUUCUCUCAUAGAGAUUUUAAGAGCACAUCAAGUGAGUAUUAAAUAAAAAGUAUAUACCUAAUACAGUUCUUAAUUUGUGUGUGGUCCCUUUACAUUUUCAGUAUUUAAAAAUAAUGAGGUUAUCUUACUUGCUGGAGUUUCAGAAGAUAGUACAUUUAGGAUUGGUUUUCCUCUUAUCCAGUGUAUGAAGUAUUUGUUUUAAAAAGGAAUAUCCAUUGUUCUGAAUGACUGUUGACAGCACAGACAAGUAGGGAGGAAACAUGGGUAACAGCUUCUUUCUUGAGUUGUACUCAGAGGCAGGACCAGAGCAGAUUUGGUCAGCAGGUGCACUUUAGCCAAUAGAACCAUUUAAAUAUUUGUCUUUGACAAGUUGAACUGAUCUUGCCUACAUACGCUUUGAAAUUCAUCUUUGUGUAGUGUAUGAGAUACUCACAGGAAUUGUAUGUAGAUGCCUUUUUGCUUUGAAAAUUGUGUUCAGAAUCAUAGUAUAAUCUUUGGGACCUAUGUUGUGCUCAUUUAAGUUAUCAUGGUGUUUGUGGGGUGGUUUUUUCUGUUUUGUUUCUUGUUUUUUUUUUUGUAAAAUUAUAAUGAUUUUCACUUUUUUUUUCAUAUUACAUACUUAAACUAUC